GAUUUUCCUCGUUGGCUCCGAAAUUAUAACACCGGUGUAUGGAAUUGGAAGCAGCGACGGUCGUCGUACUGCGCAUAAUGCAGCAGGUUCGGCGAACAACCAGGGCGCGGGGCAACAUUUUUUCCAUCGCCGGCCGCGAACUGGUAAAGGGAAAGGGAAAGGAAAGGGAGGUAGACAGCACGGUAGUAGAGCUUCUGAAGCUGCUGCACGGGGCCGCAAUGGUGCCGCUCAGCCGCAGUCAUCACAGCAGGAGACUUCUACCUCCCACGCGAGGACCUCAGCAAGCACAGCCGCGCCACAUAAUUCACAUGCGACGACCACCACACGCAGUAGCCGCGAGGUAGAUACCGCUUCUGCGGCGCAUCAUCAUGUUGUUCAUUAUGACCAGGAACCACAAAUGCCCUCUACUUCUUCACAGCAACCGCAGCAGCCACCGCAUAAUGGUCCCUUAUUUUAUCGCGGAAAAAACGCUUCUCGGAUUCCGUUCAAGCGCGGCGCCUGCGUGAAAUUGCAAAAACCAACACGGACCGAAGCAGGAAACGACACAACAACGAUGCUGCAAGGAAAUACAGCAAGCAGUGCGGCUUCAAAUUACAUAAUCUCGAAACUUGAUUGUAACCAUAAAAUCAAGAACCGCGUCGACAAUAUGUUGGCGAUCACGGUGCAGACACCGUUUGGCUUCACUUUGCAGAAGCACUGGCCGUUAAUCGCGCUAGACGACCCGCCCGUCACGGUGAUGCAGUUGUUACAGCAAUUUAAAGUGCCCGUCAACUACGCGCUGCAGGCACCGGUUUUGUUACCCAGGGAAUUCACGCAGUACGGGUCGUAUUUGAUGAAAGACGACUUGCUCUACCCGGUCUUGAACCACCUCUACACGCGGAUAUUGAAAGAGGAAGAAAAUGGGAAGCACGUGUUUCAGGAGGCGCUAAUGCAGAAGCAGCUCUACAAGCAGUACUGCUACAAACCCCACCCGACGUUGACCGUGGUAAACCACACAUUUAAGUUCACGUUAGUUCCGACCACCCCCGAGCACAAGAUGCUGAAGAUUUUAACCAUGACCGGCGAGCCGUUCAGCUUCGUGCCCUUAACCCACCCGACCAACCUUUUUCCCGAGACCCUGGACGAAUUUCGGGAGCAGAUUUUGAGAAACCAAUAUGAACUGCAAAAGUAUCGAAUACUCGUACUUAAAUUGCGUUUAUCCGCAUUACAAAUUUUAUUUGCAUAUGCUAAGCGAAUUUGUAAUGCAAUUUAUACUAGUAGUACGAUGCUUAUGCUUUUGCACUGCAUAACCAAAUUGCGUUCGCGAAAGCGAUUCCGGAACAAACAAGUUGUGAGGAGGAAGAUGGUAUCAAAUGCAAAUAUGUCUGGGUCUGGAAACUUGUGAUGCUACUUUAUGAAUUGUAGGGACACGACUGCAAUAGGCAGCCACGCAUGACAAGUUUCUGGGCGCCUUUGUGUUUCGCUUUCCGCAUGACAAACUACAUUUUUGCAUGACAGGCAAGAGGCUCUUUUCCUGCUCACGCAUUACAGGUUCAAGAGUCACGUGAGACAAGCAUGACAAACUUGCACUUUUCCAGACCCAGACAUAUUUGCAUUUGAUAGAUGGGGGGAUUUCCGCCGGGUUUUGCAACUACAUAGGAACCGCGAGUAGUAGCUCCUGUAGUUCUACGACGUUUUGUAGCGGCAGUGCGAUCGGCGCCAAGGUUGAUGCUCACCCGGGUUUUAGUUCGGUGCUUACGGCUGGAAGAAGUUUUGAUGAUGCUAGUAGUAGUUCUUGGGACGCAGGAACUACUGGUGGCGCAUCAAGGGGUGAAGACGGUCCCUGCAGGUCCGGCCAGCAUCCGCCCGGGGUGUUCCUUUGCGAGAUGAACGAUUAUAACAGAUGUCCCACCUCCUCUCCCCCUCCGGUGAAGCUGAUGAACCAACGACUCCUAAUAUGCAAGAGAAGAAAGUGUGUUAGUGUAGGUGUCUUCGGGUGACAGCAUGACAAAUUUGUUCUGCAUGACAAAGAAAUGCAAAUUUCGCUUCGCUUGGCUGGCUAGCAUGACAAAUGUAUACAGUGUUGCAUGUUUUGCAUGACAGACUUACACUUAGUUUUCUGAGAGAAUCUCUGACUUACACUGAGAGCGUUGGUUUUCUGAGAGAAUCUCUAUUAGCUUCUAUAUAAAUAUGAUUGUAUGACGUAGAUAAGUUCGAACUAUAUUUUACUAUAGUAAACAGUAAUAUCCACGUAUUUUUCGCGUGGUUGCUCAUGGUGGAGCCGGCGCCUGUACCCUUGAGCAACCAACUAAGACGCGGAAAAUAGCGAGCACUCUACCUCCGGUUUUCUCGACUAGCUACGACACUAGGUUUUCCUCUUCCCCUCCCGCUGCCAGUUUCCCUUGUUGUUUUCUACAGCCCGGCUGUCUGUUUUGUAUGUUGUUCAGGGUUACUGGCACUUUUGUAUGCGAGGGCUCCUGCCUUCUGGGAAUGAAAACUUGGCUUGCGCCGCUGUUGCGCGUCGUAGUGGUCUCUACUUGGCAUGACAUGCAUUCACUUGCCACUUCUUAGGGUGGCAGAGAAAACCAUCGAGUUAGAGACGGUACAGGCAGAAGUGGAUUGACCGGUCUAGUGAUAGAAUUUUGUGUAGAGCUUUAGAUUUUUUAUGGGCUUACCGUUCAGGGUUACAUCUAAAUUCCACCCUGGCUUCACCUUGUGUAGCAGACUGGCCUAGUUUGUCAUGCUUUUUGUGGUCUUUGGUUUGGUCAUGAUGUUCUCGUUUGUCCAUCCGGGUUCCUGCUUGCCCGUUUUUUCACCAGAGUUUCACUCUCUACAUAUAUUUACUUGCUCGGCCAUUUGCAUGCACGUCCUUGCUUGAUUCUUCAUGCGCGCGCUCCCGCGUUCAGGACAUUUUACUCUGCUACGCAUAGGUGUGUCCACUUUUUAGGGUGUUUCUUUCGUAAGUGGGGCUGUGUCUUAGUAUCUCGCUUCUCACUUUUCUACCUUUCUUUUUUCUCCCUCGGUGCUAGUUGAUGGCGUUGCGCAGAACUAUUUCUACUUGGGCACCCACACAUCUUUCGUCGCAGCCGUCCCAGUAGAUGCUGUGGUUGUUCUUCGGUAGAAAUCGCACUGCCCAAUAAAUUCCGCUAGAGUUUACCGGGUAUGCGGCUACUGUUUGUCGAAAUAAUUUACAUGGGGACGCCCUGCCCUUAGCCUUCCAACAUGACAGACUUACACUUACACAGUUUUUUUCUUUGUCGAUACUUAACCGCAAAAGACUUCAACUCGCUCGUAGGAACGGCCAGGAUCGUGUACGGGGGCGCAGCGUCAUCUUCUGGAGCAACGUCCUCUUCCGAUAGGCCAGACGUCGAGAAGGCGAACAACGCGGGUUCAACAUCUUAUUUAGAUACCUUGCUCAACCAAAACACAAACCUGUGGACGCCGAUGGACUACAAAAUGUUCGUGACCCAGAUGACCAAAAAGCUAGCGGAGGUGGAUGAAUCAUUCUUCGAAGAGUCGUUAACCGCGAGCGUGAGCAGCGGUGUAAUUGGUGCUUCCGGGGAAACUAGUACGGGUUCUUCGGAACAAGGACCAGUUUAUGCGCAGAUGUUGGAUGUGGUAGAAGAAAGUUCAUCCGCAACAUCAAGUGACGAUUCUGAUUCUGAUUCCGAUGACUAUCCAGCCGAGCUGGAUCUAGACGUCGACGCCCCCACAACCGCCACCACCACCAUGACGCGCGGAGCGUUCUUGAGGCAGCGGUUGGUACAAACGCGCGUUGGUGGCAGUAUUCUGCCAACAUCAUCGGCUGCCGUGAGCAGGCAGUGCCCGUUGCAGUUGUCCCUCGUUCGCUCUGCGCCAUCCCUCGAACAAGUGGUUAUGAAAAUGCAGAAAAUGAUGAUCAACGCGAUUUUUACUCCACAGCGAACGAUAUCAAAUGCAAAUAUGUCUGGGUCUGGAAGAAUGCCACACUUGUCAUGCAGGUUUUCCAUGACCCAUGAGGUCUGGUAUGUAGGACAUAGCAUGACAAAUUCUGUGAGAGUUCUAGCAUGCCUAUCCUGCAUGAGAAACUGCCUCGUGAGUCGGUGAGAAGUGGACAGCUUUGCUGGGUAAUCAUGCAACACAGAUUUUUACAUGAUUCAGAUUUGGCAUGACAAGUUGCUUUGUUCCAGACCGCCCAGAGACUUUUGCAAUCCAUAAACGAGCGAGGAGACGCAGAUCAGCCAGGUGGAUUCCGACGCGGUGGCGGAUGAACACAGUAUCGAACGCAAAGAUGUCUCGGCGUGGAAACUUGCGAGAUUUUUUGUCAUGCUAGUCUGGCGUGACUCUGAACUCUGUAUUGCGUGGCCACAAACACAAACAGCCUCCCUCGUAUGUCAUGCGAAAACGCAGUUUCUCAUGCGGAAUACGCAGCACAGAAGCAUGAAAAAAUAUGUCAUGCUUCCCGGCUCAUUAUAGUGCACUUAUUCUUGACUGACUUGCAUCACAAGUUUCAUCCAGCAGACCCAAGCGUACUUAUUUGCCAUGCAUACACAGUACAAGAAACCGGUUGAAAGCUGCCGUUCACAUACUCCACCGGCAGGCGAGGCGGUUAGUCUUGAAAGCGGACAGAUCGCUACCACGAGGAAGAGCUACAAUGAGUAGAGGUGCACCAACUAGUAGUGCAGCCGCGACUAGUACAACGGCCGAUGAGGUGAAAUUACUUCGGAAUGGACGGGUGCAGGACAGUCGACUGGUUUAUUUUCAAGGAACGAUGAUGUCCAGCGGAACGUUAACCCCGAGGACCGCUGCGGGCCGGGAAUUGAUAGAGCAUUUGGGAGGAGGAGGUCCAGGUGUGCAACAGCAACAAAUUAUAACUGGGAUGAACCAUUUAAUCGAUGCACCAGGAGAACAAGAUCAUGGAAUCAAUGCUAUGUACAAUCGGGAACAACAACAAUCCAUCCCGGUGUUGCAACUGCAGCAGAUGCAAAUGACUCCGAGUGUCUACUACCAAAAACUGCAGGAGUGGCGCAUCACGAAAAAAUCCAUCUCUCUCUAUGAAAUGGAAAAGCAUCGUACUUCUAGUAUAAAUCGCAUGACAAAUUCCCUCAGCAUGAGAACUCUAAAUUUGUGAUGCGGUUUUACCUAGAAGAAAAAGAUUUGUAAUGCAUGAUUGCAAUUACUACGAGUGCGAUGCUUUUGCAGUUCAUACCCUCAUCUCGGCCGCCAUCUGGAACUCGGUGCGAGCGCGGCCAGAAGUCACCGAGGUUUUAUGCAUUGCGAAUAUCGAUCUGCGUCUGGAAAAGUGGAACGUGUGUUACCUGUGUAGCAUACCUGAAAAAUCUGUGUUGCGUAAUCGAGCAAUAAAGGCGUUAAUAAAUACCUUUUUGUAGCAUGCAAAGACGCUUUAGUUCGUCAUGCGUGCUACGCAUCUUCACACCGCGUCCAAUGAAUUUGUCAUGCUUGGCUGCACUUGAAUAAAGCACUAGACUCGUCCACACUUUAGCAUCACAAAUUUCAUCCAGGAGAGGACCCAGACUUAUUUGCAAUGUAUAAGUGUUGCUCAAAAACGACCUGCUGCAGGCCGCCGCAGACCGCAUCUCGCAGCAGGAGAGUAGUAAUGGAGAAGUGAAAACUGUUUCCUUUGACGGAAAGAGUAUGACUAUUGUAGAAAAAACAACGAAUGUGAAAAUUUACAAAACAUUCAUCGACCCGGCCGUUGAUUUUGAGUUUGGAGCCGCGGAAUUUUUUCAAACGGAAAUCCCCACUGCAGCUUCAUCUUUGCGGCAAGAAGUACCGGAUAAUAUGUUGAAUCAUGCGCAACCAUCAACAUCCGGAAGUUCUUCAGACUACAGUAGCUCCUCUUCUGUCCCCGCGGCGAGCGCCGGUUUCCCACCUGCGGAAUCCUCGGAACUACAGGCGGAAAGCAAAAAAUCCUUCCUGAAACUACCCCACUUCGAGUUUGAAACCACGUUUAUCGCCGGUUCGAGUGGAGAGGAUGCACAUUACUUCCACAUUCGCAGCCAUAACAAAUUCCAUUUCGAAUUUGCGUUCGACUACUAUACCGGAAAUUUGAAACGGAUGGAUUUUCGGGUGUAUCACUUACUGGAACGGAGGGUGAAGGUGGAGACGAAGACUGUGAAAAUUGACCGAAAAGAAGAAGGAGAUGUGGAGAUGAGCGUAAACAGGGACGAUAGUAGACGAAGUGAUACGAUACCCACAGUUGGAACUGCGCAACUAGACGGGGGAAAUAAACAAGGGGCGGAGGUGGACUACUACACCCACGCUGCAGCAGGAGCAGCUUCUUCUUCUACACGAACGAAAGCUGCAGGAGGAGGAACAACAUCUUCACAGCAAGAGGAACAGAUGCACUACUACCUGCACAGCGACGGCCUUUCCACACCUCAUGUUCCGUUUAUGAGUAGUUCCGAUUCAUCCGGAGGACCUCCCAGUCCCACUCCUGCCCUGGAAGUAGAACAUCAGUACGCUCCUGACACGAGUGUUUCUGUACCUUCCCGUGUAGCACCACUACCCUGUCGUAGUGCUGCCACAAUGCCUGCUGUUACGUUUAUUGAGGAUUGCGCCGGGAAUUUGUCGCUCGGAGUAGUAGAACAAGGACAACAUGAUGUUGAUCGACAGCAAGAACAACUUCAACUACCCGCAUCAGCAGCUUCAACAUCGCAGUUUUUAACGACAACAACUUCAUCUUUGGCCGCGCCGAGCAGAAGUACUACUGACUUGACCAAUUGGCCAACCGGCGGCCAUCAACCACGGCAGCGCGAUUCGACAGCGCCGUCUCCACCUCCUUCGGAUAGUAUCCAAAAGGCGGAAAAUAAAGAAAAAAUGACAUCCCCACCACGCGUGGAAUUCCGGACGGAGCGGAGUCUUCUGCGGACCUGGGCGAGAGUCGAGCUGAACGAAGAGGAAUUAUGCACUGCAAAUAUGUCUGGGUCUGGAAGAGUACAACUUGUCAUGCUAAGUCUGAAUCAUUCAAAAAUCUGUGUUGCAUGAUUACCAAUAAAGCUGUGCACUUUUGAGCAAGCCGAGACGCAGUUUCUCAUGCGGAAAAGGCAUGGCAAAGAUCUCACAGAAUCUGUGAUGCCAGGGCAUGCAUCACAGACCUCACACGCCAUGCAAAACGUGCAUGACAAACGUUGCACUUUUCCAGAUCCAGACACAUUUGCGAUGCAUAGGAAUAUUAUUCGAACGAAACUCAGGUGCGACUCGAGGUGAUCACCUGUCAGCCAAAAGAGGUACGACAUAUGAUGGUCCCGCAGUCGGUGCUGAGUCGACAGGAGUAUUGAGAAUAAGAAGUACACUACCGAUAUAGCAAGAAAGCGGGUUUUUUACAACUAGAAUUGGAUCUUCAAAGCUGCACAGUUACAUCAACGUCCUGCGCUAAACGUCCAUCGGAGAAGUAGAGGAGUUCGCGCGUGGUGGACAUCGUGGAAGGCGGGAAAAUAGUGCUUUCGCAGCUACAUUGAUUACCCGAAGUUCUACAACAACGACGAGCUUUUAAUUUAUCGAUUUUACAGGAAAGCGAAAUAAACGGACUGUGAUGCACAAACUGCAGCGGACAUACAAUGGCAAUGCGGCUCAUGAUCAUGCAGUACAAGUAAUCAUGCGCAGGACAACUAGCACAAAACAUCAAAAUUCUCUCUCCACCGGCACGUCUUCAAGUACGAAGUGCACCAAUUGCGCCCAACAACAGCACGAUUCGGGAGGACGAACAAACGAGUUUUUUUUUUUCGUAUUUUUACCAACCUGCGUAAGUAUAUAUAAGUAAGUAACUUCUUACACCUCCGUGGUGGGGACGACGACGGACGACGGAUGUCAUCCUCCAAACAAUCGGUGUGCUUCUACACGACACAAUGACAAUGAACGUGCGACGAACAACAUCAAAACGUCGAGUCCGCUUGUCCUAAAAUAACCCGAUAAAUUUCGGAGCAGGACCGGCGACUCGGCAACUUCAAGAUAGAAAACUACGACAAGCUCUUGCAACAAAUUUCUCAGCAGUGGCACUGCAACUUCUUUUUCUACACCUGCGCCGCACGUAGGGAGAGUUGAUGCAAGAAAGGUUACUUAGAAGGUCCGCUGAAAGAGGGGAAACUAACACGAGCGUACUACAACUCCAAAGAAGGCCGACUUGUUUCCCUUUCUGCAACUACUUACCGCCUAGCAGCUUGCUGGAAUUCAACCACACAACUUCCCCUGCAGCUGCUGGCUCUGACGGGACGAGAAAAAGUUGAACAGAGUCUUUUCCUCGGGCAGCCUGGAAACUGAUUCUCCGGGGCGGAGGUGUGGAGCAGGAUUAGUUGUGGAGGUGUAAUGUGGUGGUGUUUCUCGUCGUGAGAGGGAACACGAGGUAGAGGAAUAGCAGCAGUGUCUGAGUGGCGGAAGGCAGCUGUUGCACUUCAGAGAAUAUUACCUAUUUUCUACAGCACAGGCACGGUGGUUUAGGCUUUUUAUCAGUACAUUAGAUCAGCUAAAUAUAUAAUAUCGAGUUCGAGUGGCCGCGAAGGCUCGUUUUUUUAACAUUACCGAUAGUUACAGUAUUCUGAGUGAAGCUGCAUCGCAGCUCCACCACGAUUGAGCUUCCUAGAAGCACUUUUCGUACACGGUUUCUAUAUUUUACUUCUGAGCAAAAUUUUUUUUGUCCGCUGUUGAUAUUGCAAUUUUUGUGGUUGUUCGCCAUGUAUGUAGCUCGGGCCCCCGGCGCAGGUAGAUGCUUAGAAUAUAUAUCGUAGAGAUGCAGGGCCUGAGUCAUGCAAGAUGGCACCGUACUACUAGUACGGAGGUAUUUAUUAAUGAACAAGAAGGAGGGGUUUUGGAGGUUUUAGCCUUAGAAGAAAAUGAACGGCGAUCAUUUCAAUAUGACACGAGGAGUGCACCGCGACAAGAAUGGAUAGAAAAAUACAACGAU